CCUCGCGUUUCCCUCCGGUGGGGUCGGAGCGCUGCAGUGGGCGGGCCAGCACCGCGGCCGUCGGACUCGGGUCACUAUGGCAACGCGGCGGGGCCGGAGGCUGCGGCGGACGGUCGUUCCGGGUGAGCCGCGGGCUUGGGCGCCUCGCGUGGGAGAGAAGCGCCACUCCGCGACGGAUUGGAGAUAAGAGAGCAGAGGAAGCUGCUCGAGUGCGGCGGGGGGGAGCGCCCCCCGAGCGGAGCCGUGUGCGCGACGGGCGGGCCGCUGGCUCUCGGAAGCUUCUGGGCUCCAGUCCUCUCUCAGCUCCUCGCUGCCUCGUUUUCUCAUCUGCAAAGUGGGAGAGCGCUUCGCGAGCCUGUUCAAAGGACCUGGCUCUUGUCGCUGCCCCGAUGCUGCCGCCGCCCUCGGAGCAGGCCCUGGGCCAGCUGCUGGCUCGCAAGGAGGAGGAGUGGAGGGCGCUGCGGGCCCACCGCUGCCAGCUGCAGGAGGCCGCGCUGCAGGACGCGCACAGCCAGCUGCACGAGGCGCAGGGGGCGCUGCGGCGCCUGCGGGAGGACUUCGUCUACAACCUGCAGGUGCUGGACGAGCGGGACCGCGAGCUGGAGCGCUACGACACCGCGUUCGCCCAGGCCCGGGCCCGGGAGGAGGCGCGGCAGGCGGAGGUGAGCGAGCUGAGGGUGGAGGCGGCCCGGCUGAGGCGGGCGCUGGCCAGCGAGGCCCGGCGGCUGGACGACCUGCAGCGGCGGCACCAGCUGAACUUGGAGGAGCACCGGCUGGAGCUGGAGCGCACGCACAGUGAGAAGAACGGUGAGAUCGACCAGCAGCGGGAGCAGUAUGAAAACCUGAAAUGGAGGCUGGAGAGGAAGCUCGAGGAGCUGGAUGGUGAACUUGCUCUGCAGAGGCAGGAGCUGCUGCUGGAGCUGGAGUCCGAGAUGCAGAAGAGGGAGCACGAGUUCCGCCUGCAGGCUGACCGCAUGAGCAACGAGAUCCUGACGCACGAGCUCAAGGUUAAACUGUUGGACAAGGAGCUCACGGCUCUGAAGGAAGCUGCAGCACAGGCCGCGGAGUCGCUGCGGAGCGCCGAGGCCGCGAACUCAGAGCUGCGGGACCAGCUGCAGCGCGGCGGGCAAGAGCUCAGGGACCUGGCGGCGGCCAAGGACUCACGGAUCAAGGACUUAGAAGGCCAACUUCGCUCGGAGCAGCAGGCCAGGAAGAAGGAGGAGGAGGCGUUCAGGAGGAAGCACGAGGCGCUGGACCACCUGGCCAGGGAGAAGGACGCGGUGCUGGUGGCUGUGAAGGGUGCCCACGUGGAGCAGCUGCAGGCGCUGGAGGCCAGGGCGCUGGGGUUGCAGGCCCACGGCGACAGCCUCGAGCUGCAGCUCCGCAGGGCAGAGCGGAGGCAGGCCGAGGCCUUGAAGGAGAAGGACGCCGCCACGGACAAACUUCGUGAAGAGGCGUCGGCUCUAAAAUCGGGCUGGGAUGCCCAGGUCGCCCAGCUGUCCAAGGACCUGAUCUCCAAGGACCUUCGGAUUCAGGCGCUGCAGGAAGAGGCAGUGGAGCUCAAGGCACAGCUGGCCAGGUGCCAGCAGGACGUCGGAAGGUAUAAGCAGCAGCUGCUGGCGGCGGCGGAGCGGGAACAGUGCCUGCAACGCGACAAGGUGCAGCUGGAGCUGGACUGGCGACACCGCUGUGACAGUCGCGAGAGGGACCACUACCGCGCGUCUGAGGACUUGCUGCAGGCUCUGACUGCCGCUCGGGACCAGGUUGCUGCCAAGCUCCAGGAGACAGAGCGGACGCUGUGUGACCAGGAGGUGGUGCUGAAGGCCUUGACCCUUGAGAGAGACCAGGCCGUGCAGGCGUUGAGGACACGCGGGCUUCUUCCUGAGAAGGAGGUGCUCCUAAGGCAUCGUGAAGAAGAAGUAAGUGAAAGUUUUCCAUCUAGUGAGAUCCAGAGGCUCCAGGAGCAAAACGCAAGCUUACGACGUGCUGUUGCGGAGAUGAGGGAGGAAAUGGAGACCCUGAACGAACAGGUUCUUCCUCCUGAGCAGUCAGGGGGUCAGCCCUCUGACCCCGCACAGCCCCUUCCAAAGGCAGCAGCUGAGGCCGCGGCUCCUGAUUACAUCAUGGUCCUCGAAACAGAAAUCAGAAAUCUGAAGCAUAAAUUUAAAACCCUGGAAGGACAGGUAGAAGAUGUGUUAGAUCCUUCGAAGAUGUCCUCAUCUCACUCUGACGUUCAAGCCAGCGUCCACAUCUUGGCCGAAGUGCCUGGAGGAGCCGUGCCGGCCGAUGGCACACCCAUGGGUCUAGCGCUCGGGAGGCUCAGAAACAGGACACAUCUCCUGAACUUCCUGGUGGCCCGGCUCAGGCGGAAGCUGCUGCAGAAACCCCUGGGCACGGACACCGUCCAGCACGAGCUGCCCCACGAGGUGGGCCAAGUGCACCUGGAGGCUUUGGAGCUGCAGAAGCAGGUGGCUGAGCUCGAGGAGCAUAUCGGGAGCCACUGGCGGUUACAAGCCUUGGACCAGGUGGCCCUUGCAAGGCAGGCCCCUGCGGACCAAGGACCCAAGGGGACCAAAGACCAGAAGCCACAGCCCCCGCAGGUGUCGUCUGUGCCCCGACUCCAGAGGAAACUGAAGGAGGCGGCCCGAGAAAUCGUCCGCCUCCGCCUGGAGAAGGAGCAGCUCCUGGAGACAGGAAACAGGCUCCGAGCGGAGCUGGGCCGCGGCCCAGGGAAACCACCUCAUCAACCCCUGCCCACUCCUGAGGCCUGGAACCAGAGUGAAGCACCUUUGGGGCAGGUGAAGCCCCACUCUGCAGCUCAGGGCUCUAAGAGCGCCGAGACAGAACAUUCCUCUGGACACCCCGGGGAGGCCCGGCCCCACCUGGUCCAGAGUGUCAGCAGAAGGUCCAGUCCGCCAGGCUGCACAGCAGGAGCUGAGGCCGGGUCGGGGCAGAGGCAACACGGGAUCUCCAGGGCGACUUACAGAUCAGCUCGGCAGAAGGAAAGCCGGUCCCCAAAGCCACACCUGGCUCAAGAAUCCUGUGAGGAGAAGAGCCACCACACCCGAAGCUCCUCAUCACCAGCCAGUGGUCCCCUCCAGGACACGUGGAAGUUACUGGACCUGGGAUCCAGCCCCUCCAGCCUCACGUCCCAGGACGACUCUGUGCCAGGGCGGUUCUUGUUGCCGAGGGGUAGUUUCUGUUCCCGCCACGGAUGCUUUGCCUGAGGUAAGAGAGAAGCUGGAAGGAAGAACUUACUCGUUCAGAAAGUAGGAAGUCAGAAUGGAGGGAGUCGACAUCCUGUCUUAGGCGAGACGCGCUUCCCCUCCGCCGCUGUCCAGGAGGGCUGGGUCCGCGGUGGCUGAUGUGCAGACAGACACCGCGUUCGCUCCGCCCAUUCCGCCUGUGCGGGCUCCUGCUGUGUCACCACAGUGCCAGUCCUCCUACUCGGGUGCUGCCCGGUGCUGCAGGGGGGUCCCCUCCACGGGGGCUGGUGCGGUCCUUCUGUCUGGGAGGGCCGGCCACUCUCCGGCCUCCCGAGCACGCCCGUGUGUCCUUGUCCCUGCCCCGCCAGGUCCUCGCGGGGGUCCAGGAGACGCAUUUGCUCUGUCGGGAGAGCAGCCUGACCCCGAGAAGUGGCCGGAAGCCUGAGGGAAUCCCUUCGGAAUCCGUCCACAGGGUUAGGGGGUCUCAGCCCCACGUGGGCUGCACCUCGUUGUGUAGAUGUGCCCUGACCGAUGGGACUGUUGUCCCUGCGGUGGAUAUUUUAGGUCAUUUCCAAUCUUUUGCCAUACAAGUCACAUUACAGUGAUGGCCUGGGACACAUGCCUCCCGCUAAAAGCCUGUAUGUGAGUCCCCAGGGUGGGGGUUGCCAGGUCGAAAAGCAGGUGUAUUUCUAGUUCGGGAAGCUCUGGUCCGGUGGGGUCCGUGGGACCACCCCCGCUCACACGGACGCCAGCAGGGUGUGCGAGGCUGCGCACACGGCACCGCGGACGUCACCCGCGUCUCCUGUCCGAGGUGGUGCGGCGUUCCCCCGAGUGGCUCUGGGCAGGAGGCCCCUCCUCUCCCCCGGCUCCCGCUCUGCCCCUUCCUGCCUGCCGGGGCCCCAUCUAUAGGAGCUCGUCCUUCCUGAUGGAAAUUACCCCUUUCCCGAGACACAGUUUACAAAUACUUUCCCACCUUCCGGCAGUUUCUCAUUUGACUUUCGGCUUAUGGUGGUUUUUGUCAUGUGUGUAUUUUUGCAUGUGUGUGUAGUUAGUGUUCUUGUUUUUAACCCUUUCUGGUUCCUGUGCCUUUUUUUGGCCUUUUCCACUCCACAAUUGGAGAUUAUUCUUCCCUGAUUUCUUCUAAUACUUAUGGCUUCAUUUUUUAAAUGUGUAAAUCCAUGAAUCAUUUGGAACUUAUCACUGUAUACGUUACAAAAUAGGAACCAGACUGAGUUUUCGUCGCGAUGGCCCAGCGGCACUCACUAGCGGCCCGUGUUGCCCUCUUGUCGCCCCCUAUCGGAAGUCCCGCUCUCACUGCGGUGCUGACUUCCCCAGGGCGUCUGUGUCUGGCCCAUCCCACCAUGGCGCCCGGGUCUCCACCUGCCCGUGGGCGGUGCUGGGCUGUGGGAGCCGUGACCGCCCCACGGCCCUCGGCCGGCCUGGGCUCUCCUCGCUGUACCUUUCUGUGCAUUUUCCUGGCUAUUCCCGCGCGGUCUUAGCCUCAUGUUCCUCCCCAGACUCUGCCCCUGGGUCUCCCAGGUGGGCCUCAGCCCUGCUUGCUUCGUAUUUCACUGACUCACCGGCUUCCUUUGAUUCCCCGCCUUCCCGCACCCAUCUGUCGGGGCGGCGCCUUCUGCAGAAAGGACAGCGCCGUCCCCGUGCCCCGUGCCCCGCGGACCCGUGUGCGAGUCUGCCACAGGGGCUCCGUACAUGCUCUUCCCUGUGAGCCCUAGUUGCUGGCGCUUCCCUCCGAUGGCUUUUUGUGUAUUUUCUGCUUGGCGUGCUUGAAGAAUUUUUUAUCUCCUCACGCCUUUCAUUGAGUAGGUCACAUUUUCCAUCUCCAGCCUGUUUUUAAGUGACACUCAAGUUUUAUUCUUCUGGUGGUUACUCCCAGCUUAUUUUCAUCUCGCCCAUCAGUUUCUUAAACUUGUGGACAUCUGCAUUUUUCUGUUACCAUCCAUGAGGAUACUAGCUGUUGGGGAGGGGUGUCUUUUAGACAAAAUAAAUUUGAUUCAAUUCCUUCAAACUUA